GGUUUGUAAUCAGGGUUUUCCAACUCCCCUAAUUAAACUCUCCAUGUCCACCAACCCGGUUAAAGCGCCGGACAUUCGCUUUUCGUCCUCUGAAUUUCGUAAACAACACUUCCGCCACGAGAAGGCAGUGAGUAGGACUUCCUUGGCAGAGGUUGUAUACGCGUGGCCGUGUGAGAGCAUUUCCACAGGGAGGGGGGCCCACCCACCCUCGGUCAUACCAGGGCAUUUGGGGGCUUAGAUUUAGAUGCUGAUUCUGGUCAAAUAAACUCAUGUUUUUAGACCACCAUAUAUAUUUUCCGUAAUGAAACAAAGUUAUAAUGUCGACAAAAAGAUUCAGCAUAGAUGUCUGAAUAGUAAAUUGACGAGAGGUUUCAUUUUUAUUUGCAUUACGUUUCCUUAGAAUCCUUAACUCGAAGAGUCUGUUUCACAAGGAUAAAGCAGAAUUAAUGGAACUGAAACUUACACUUAUUGUUUUCUUUACUGACGGACGUCAAAUUUGAACUAGAUCGAUAUUUCUUCUUUAUCCUUCACUAGCUUGUGGUCAUCCUUCUACCUGUUUAUCUUUCAUUUGCAACAAAUGUCCUGCUUUGUCCCCAUGUUUCCUUGUUUCUGUCUGUUUUCCCUUUGUAUGAUGUUGUAGAGUUUAAUAACUUACAUAUGCGGUUUCGUCUGAGAUUCGUUUGAUUCACCAAGAGGUUUAGCCAUCGACAAGGGAUUAAUAUUAUUGCAAGCAUAGUCUUUAGUACAUUAUAAACAGCGAAACCCAGCUAUAUCAAUUAAAGGUUAUUCGUGAUGUUUUGGUAUACAUUUUUGUGCCACAUAACCGUAAAUAUUUUUUUAAAACACCAUGUGACACGAAGCUGCUCUACUCAUUGUUAAAUGUCACGGAACGAAAGUUACUAAUUUCUAUUCGGUGAUUCUUUUUUCUUACCUACUUGAAUAUUAUAACAAACUCUAAGGUAUCAUUUUUCCUUCAAAAAACUUUAUCCUUUUCUCUAUGCAAUCAACAGAUUUCUUAUCGGACUCAUCCUUUCAAAUGUCAUCGCAUCACUUCAUGUAGUACAUAUUUCGUUGUCCCUACUAGAGCAAAUCUUUAUUUUCGGAAAAUGAGAAUAACAAAAAUUGAUAAAAACAUUUAAAGUAUUGUUUCUUUUCCUUGCUUUGAUAGCUUUCUUCAUCCCGAUCGGAUUUCUUGUCAAACACUACAAGGUAUUAGUAGUGCAGCGCAACAGCAAUUCGCUAAAUCAGACCGAUAUAAACUAUGCCGUGUUUUAAUGUUUCUCCUUCAAAAUGACUUCCUUCAUGAUGCAAUAAUUCAUUUUGCAGCUGUUUAUUUAUUGUGGGACUUGUGGAAAUCAGAUAACUCUUCCAUCAAUAACAAUCCAUUCACAGAGUUUUUAAUUUCAUUUUUGCAGAAUGAAGUGCAUUGCAAGUUGCCGCGAUCUGCAAUUUCAAUGUUUCAUACAAUUCUUCGUCAACCCGAUCAAAUUCAUGAUUUUCUAAAGUAUACUCCAGCACAGAUAUUUGAUUUACCGUAUCCUUCGACUGACAUUAGACUUGAUUGGGAUCUGGUUCCAGUAGCCAAUUCACUGAAAUCAUCUGGUCGUGUUUCGAAGUUCGCUGACUCUGGAAUGGUUUGUAUUAUUCCUGACGAAGAUAUUCCACGUUCUUUUGAGCCAUCAUUUCACUUACAUAACACGGAUGAUUCAUGUGGUACAUCUGAAUUACAACGUCAAUGUUUAGAUUCUCUUUUGUUACGUAGUGAACUGUUAAUAGGUCGCAAUAAUGUCUUCCCAGAGUUUCUUCGUAUUUCCCCACCUUUGUUACCAUGCCCCCAAGGAAUUGAUCAGAUUUUAUACAGUUUAGAUGAAGAAAAUGAAUCCAUCAGUCAUACAGUUUCCAACUUUAGUCCUUCAGAGAAAAAAUCUAUCAAGAAGUCUAAACCCACUUAUGGCUGGUCAGAAGAACUUAUUUGGCUUAAUCCAGACAUUGUUGAGCACGAUUUCCAUUGGAAUAACAGUAUGGAACUUGUUGAUAUAACAGUUGAGCUUCGUCAUUUGGUUUCCGCAGCCAUGACAUCCACUUUAACCCAGUCGCAGCAACAAACUGUUGUUCAAGCAAUUAAGGAUAAUCCAGAUGUUAUUUAUAAUGUUGGUAUCACUCCAGAGAUUGUACCGAAUUUCGUUAACCGUAACCCAGUUAUCGCUAUUGAAGUUUUACAAUUGUUGAUUACAUCACCGAAACGAGAUGAGUACUUAAAUGCUCUGCUAAAAAUGGAAGUUACUGUACAAUCAAUUGAAGUGGUAAAUCGACUAUCUACAAAAAUUGCAUUACCUACAGAGUUUAUACAAGAUUAUAUAUCGAAUUGUUUAGCAUUUUGUUAUUCAGUAAAUGACAAAUUUUAUCAGAUGAGACAUGUUCGUUUAGUAUGUGUACUACUUCAAUCACUUAUCAGGAAUAACAUAUUGGAUAUUCAUAAUCAGGACAUCUUAAUCGAAGUGAGGACUUUUUGUUUAGAAUUUACUAAGGCUCGGGAAGCGACCACUCUUCAUAGACUUAUUUUGAAUAUGGAGAACACUAACACAGCUUCAUCGGCUACAACGUUCAGCAACAACAUUGGCACUUCUACGACUACGACUAGUCCUACUUGUUCAUCAACUGGUAUACCACAACAAGACAUUUCUAAUGAAAAUAAAGAAACCUAAUAACUGGGUUACUAUUUCACAUUACAGAUGAAUUGUAUAGAUCAUAAAUAAAGACACAAAGGUCUGAUUUUUAUUCAGUGAUAUACAGUACUGAUAAAGCGAAUACUUAUUUGUUUAUAAUCCUCACAAACAGUUACUUGUUGACAUUAUUGGUAUAACUCCCCAUGAAAGUACGAAGAAGGAAAUUAAAAUUGUUCAAAAGUUUAUUGAUUCAUCGCUACUACUGAAGCAGAAAAAUAAGUUUACAAGUUGUAUAUAUAGUGAAGUCAAAAAUAAAACAGCAAAGAACCUUUUGUCGC